AUAAAAGCCGGUUUCAUCCACUCGGUUUUGGUCAGUUGUGAGUAACAUCUAUUGCCGAACUUAUCACCAUGGACUUCUACUACUUUCCGGCCUCGGCUCCCUGCCGUUCCGUUAUGAUGACAGCCAAGGCUUUGGCAAUCGAUCUCAACAUGAAGCUACUGAAUCCCAUGGAGGGCGAGCAAAAUAAACCGGAGUUCCUGAAGAUUAAUCCCCAGCACACCAUUCCCACCUUGGUGGACGGCGACUUCUCCAUCUGGGAGUCGCGAGCUAUUUUGAUAUACCUGGUGGAGCAGUACGGCCAGGACGACUCCCUGUACCCGCAGGACCCCCAGAAGAAGGCGGUGGUUAAUCAGCGACUCUUCUUCGACAUGGGAACCUUGUUCGAUAGUUUCUUGGCGGCGAUCUACCCGCAGUUCAAGAAUAACCAACCGGCCGAUCCGGAGGCCAUGAAGAAGGUCGACAGCGCCUUCGGGCAUCUGAACACCUUCCUAGAGGAUCAGGACUACGUGGCCGGCGACACUCUCACCAUAGCCGACAUAGCCAUCCUGGCAUCCGUGUCCACCUUUGAGGUGGUGGACUACGAUUUCAGCCCCUUUCCCAAUGUGGUCAGGUGGUAUGAGAACGCCAAGGAGGUCACUCCCGGAUGGGACGAGAACUGGGAGGGCGUGCUCAUUAUCAAAAACUACAUUGAGAAGCAGCGUCAGAAGGAGUGAACUUAUCGAAGGCAAUAUUUAUUUGUUAAAAAGUAUUAAUGCCAUAUAUGGUUAUCAAAAUAUAGAAAUUCAGCGAGUAUAAGUUUGAUUUGGUUUUUUUCUAAUUAUCUUAUCUGAACAAUCAUUUUUCAUUAGAGCUUUAUGGUUUUCAUAAUAUUAUCUGGUUGUAAAAAGCUAUCUGUGGUUAAAUGUAAUCUCUAAUUAAAAAUUCAAUUAAAAUUAGGGAUUGUAUCCGUAUCUAUCUAUCUGUAA